AUCCGGCAACAUCAGGAUAGGUGAAUGCGUGAGCUUGUGCUUGAGCAGCUCGAAUGCUCUGGUCUGCUCCUCUCCCCAAUAGAACGUCACGUUCUUCUUGAUGAUGGAUGUCAAUGGUGCGGCAAUGGUGCUGAAGUUGGGCACAAAUCGACGAUAAAAUCCAGCAAGCCCAUGAAAGCUCCGCACCUCAUUCACGUUGGUUGGAAUAGGCCAAUCGCGAAUUGCUUUCACCUUCUCUUCAUCCACCUUGACUCCAUCUGCACUCACCACAAAACCAAGAAAAAUAACACUAGAAGUGCAAAACGAGCACUUCUUGAGGUUAGC